CAAGUUGGGAUGGGAGAUUGAGGGUCAGAUGGCAGCUCCCCCAGCUGGGGGUGGUUGUGGGGCAGGGCCAGGCCGGGUAAUUCUCACGGACGGGUCGUGGGUCAUGGGAUUUGGGUAUCUGCAGCAGCAGCUGCUGCACCGGUGCCAGACGCUGGAUCUCACAAAUGUCAGGGCGGGGCACAGGGCAGAGCUGUGCAGGGGCCUUAGGGCUGAGGACACACACCUGCCCCUGCCCCUGCCUCCUGGGGCGGAGAGUGGACUCGGGGGCAGCAGGAGGCCUGGGAGGGGGACAGUGUGAGAGUGGUGGGAUGAGGGGAAGCCAUUGGGCAGAGGGGCAUAGAAUAGAUUCGUAGAUUGUGAUCGGGGGUGGGGAACCGCUUUUAAUUCAGUGACUGCUGACCUGCAGAAAAAUCAGGUGUGGGCUGAAAAAACCCACCAAGGCGGGCUCCCCAGUGCUGACGGGGGAGCCCUGGGCCUCAGGGGCCGGAUCCAGCCAAGUCGGACCUUAGGUUCCCCCCCAUCUAGAGCCUGUAGAGCACUGGCCCCAGGAAAGAAUUCUCCAGGACCCUGGAGAAUCACUCUCACGAUGAAAAAUGCACAAUUCAUCUCUAGUGUGAACUUUCUUCCGCUUCCUCCCAUUGGAUCAUGUGUUUCCCGUGCCUGUCCCUGCGGGCCCCCAUGCCUGUGCAGCAGAGGAAAGUGAAAGGCACCCCUUCCCACAUAAAUGUCAUCUACCAAGCCAAGCAGGAUGGACCGGCUGCUGACACCGCAGCUGCAGAAACUCCAUGGCGUCGCCCCGCCAUAAUCCUUACGCCUCUCUGCCUGCUCUUGCUGAUUCUGGUGAUUGUAAUGGCUCAGCGGGUUUACCAUCUGACCAAGAAAUCAGAGGAGCAGCUGGAGAUCCUUGAAAUAGAAAACAUCGUCCUCUCGGAGACACUGCAGCAGCUGACAACUGGCAAAGAGGACAACUGCAGCAUGUGUGAGGUGGGCUGGGACCAGUGGGGCAACAGAUGUUACUUCUUUGCCACGAGCGUCAAAACCUGGCACAGGGGCUUAAAAGCUUGUACCUCGAUGUCGGCCAGCCUGGUGAAGAUCGAAACGAAGAAGGAGCUGGAGUUCUUGCAACGCGAGACCUCCAAGCACUUCUACCCACGCCAGCGAGAUCGUUACUACUCGCCCUUCUGGACGGGGCUGACCUAUGACAAUAACAUCGGGAACUGGACGUGGGCAGAUGGCUCCCGCUUCUCCUUCCAGCUGUUCCAGGUCUCAGGAGCCAAGGGCUGCGUGUAUAUGCAGAAGGAGAAGUUCUAUCCUCAGAGCUGUGCCAAGCGGGACCUCUAUAUCUGCGAGAAGCUCGCCAAGUUUGGGGGCCCCUGAGAUGCAGGGCGGGUGCAGCAGAUGGAGCAGCAUUGAGGCUGGUGGGGAUCUUCCCCAUCUUGGCACGGCACGGGUGUCACAUGGAGGCUGUUCUGUACAACCGCACCGAGCACAGCCUGUCCAGGGGCCUGUUGCCAAAUUCUCUGUUAGUGAAAGGUUGUUGACAACAGUUGUAAGUUGCUCAGUUACUGACCCUGUUUGAGGCCGUAUAUAAAAAGCUGGUUCU